AUGGGUCGCGAGGAGCAAGUAGAGGAAAGGGAAGUCCUCGACUCGAUCUUCCCUGAAGAAAUCACAGAUAUCUCAGACACAGAAUACAGGAUAUCCAUCCUCCUCGACGUCCCACCAGACGACGACGAAGACACAGAUGAGCCGCCCACCAUAGUGCUGCAUGUGCGGUACCCAGAAAACUAUCCCGACGAGCCCCCCGUCCUCGAACUCUCCGCGCCGCAAAAUGUGCCCACCCACCCGCAGUUCUCCGUCGCCAGCGACAAGGACCAGCUGCUGCAGGGCCUCGAGGAAACUAUUCAAGAGAAUCUCGGGAUGGCCAUGGUCUUCACCCUCGUUACCACGCUAAAGGAAAACGCGGAGCAGCUGGUGGCGGAUCGCAAGGCGGAGCUUGCCAAGGCCCACGAGGAGGCGCUUCUGGCCGCGGAGCGCGAGGAAAAUAAGAAGUUUCAUGGCACCCCGGUCACACCUGAGACGUUCGUCAAGUGGCGGGCGGGCUUCAUCAAGGAGAUGGAAGAGGAGAGGCUGCGGCUGGAGGAGGAGCGGCUCGCUGAGCUAAAGAAGUCAAGGGUCAAGGAGGAGAAGAAGUUGACUGGCAAGCAACUCUGGGAACGCGGACUUGUCGGUAAGAUUGAUGAAGGGGAGGACGAGGACACGGGGCUGGCCGAGGGUGUCGAGUCAUUAAAAGUAGCGUCAUAG